AUGAAAGAAAAGAACAAUCUGAAUGAAACUACAGGGAGCCAGGUGACUGAAUUCAUUCUCAUGGGCAUCACAAACCAUCCCGAGCUUCAGAGCCCACUCUUUGUGGUAUUUCUCCUCAACUACCUGGCCACAGCUGUGGGGAACCUGGGCCUGAUCAUCCUAACCAGUGUAGAUUCCCACCUUAAAACCCCCAUGUACUUUUUCCUCAGGCAUCUGGCAUUGGUUGACCUUGGCUAUUCCACAACUAUUGGGCCAAAAAUGCUGGUUAGUUUCAUUGAGGAGAAAAAUAUCAUUUCCUAUCAAGGAUGUACAGUACAGUUAUUUUUUGUUGGGAUAUUUUUUGACAGUGAACUUUUUAUCCUGUCAGCCAUGGCCUAUGACCGCUAUGUGGCAAUCUGUAAGCCCCUCCUCUAUAUGGUCAUUAUUUCAGACUGGGUAUGUUGGAUCUUAGUGGCUAUCUCAUAUCUUUAUAGCAUCAUGGUAUGUCUAGUUGUCACAAUUGAUACUUUUAAAUCAUCUUUCUGUGCAUCAAAUGUAAUAAGACAUUUCUUCUGUGACAGUCUCCCUCUAUUAUCCAUUGCAUGCUCAGACACAAGUGAGAUUGAAGCAAUCAUUAUGACCUUUGCUGCAAUUAAUUUGGUUUCUUCCCUCUUGAUUAUCAUUGUCUCCUACAUGCUGAUCCUUGUGGCCAUCCUCAGGAUGAACUCUGUUGAGGGCAGGCAAAAAGCUUUUUCCACCUGUGGCUCUCACCUCACAGUGGUAGUGGUGUUCUAUGGGACACUACUCUUCAUGUACCUGCAACCCCAAUCCAGUCAUUCCUUUGACAUAGACAAGAUGGCCUCUGUCUUUUACACUCUGGUCAUCCCCACGCUCAACCCUUUGAUCUACAGCUUGAGGAACAAAGAGGUUAAAGGUGCCUUGAAAAGACUCUCUAAAAAAUUAUGUAAGCAUUCUCUUUAA